GGCGUUGCUUCUCCGAAUAGCCUCGCGUGCGCCCUUGUUUGCGGGGCGCAGUUACGCAAGGCACCGUGGCGGCGCUUACCAUCCUCGACCAGCCCGAGACGCCGGAGCUGUCGCUGCAGCAGCAUCUCGACCUCGCGCCCGAUCUGGUCGGCUACGGUAACCAGCUCGUCGUUACGGGGGACGAUCCCCAGUCCUCGAUGAUGGCACAGCCGGUGCCUCAUCAGGACAAGAAGCGCGUCAAGGUCUACGAGCUGCGCAACAAUGACUGGUUCGAUCGCGGAACAGGCUUCUGUACCGCCAAGUUUGCGACGUCCGAAGAUGGCCACAAAGAUCCAAAAGUGAUUGUAGAGUCUGAAGACCAGCCCGAACGACUUCUCCUAGAGACGACGAUCCAGAAGCAGGAUGGGUUUCAAAAGCAGCAAGGCAACGGAUGCAGAGACGCUCAUCGUGUGGCAGGAGCCAGGGAGCGGUGUCGAUAUGGCUCUGAGCUUUCAGGAAGCGGAGGGAUGCGCCAUGAUCUGGUUUAUGACAACCUAUCUGAUGAUCUCGCUAUCGAAGCUGUUGCUCCCGUGAGCCUUCCUGCUGCCGAGCUGGGCAACCUCGCGGAAAUCGAGUCCAGCAUCAGGGUGAUGAGCUCUACCGCCACCGGCCGUGAAGCCAUUACCAAGUUCAUCGUGGCCGACGACUACAUCAGCAAACUUAUUCCGUUGGUAGAAAUCGCCGAAGAUCUAGAGAGCCUCCCCGAUCUGCAUCGCUUGUGCAACAUCAUGAAGAGCAUUCUCCUCCUCAACGACACAUCCAUCAUUGAGCACGCCGUAUCCGACGAAUGCCUCCUGGGAGUGGUUGGCGCUCUGGAAUACGACCCUGACUUCCCCAGCCACAAGGCGAACCAUCGACAUUGGCUCAGCAAUCAAGGGCAUUAUAAAGAGGUCGUUCCCAUCGACGACGAGGCCGUCCGCCGCAAGAUUCACCAGACCUACCGACUGCAGUACCUCAAAGACGUCGUCUUGGCCAGGAUUCUUGAUGAUCCUACCUUUUCCGUGCUGAGCUCUCUCAUAUUCUUCAACCAAGUCGAAAUCGUACAGCACCUACAGUCGAACCCAACCUUCCUCAUGAACCUUUUUGGCAUCUUCUCCGCACACUAUCCUGAUACAAGGAAGCGCAAAGAGGCCGUUUUGUUCAUCCAGCAAUGCUGCGCAAUUGCCAAGACCAUCCAGGCUCCUGCGCGCCAGUCCCUGUACAUCAACUUCCUCAACCACGGCUUGCUCCGCGUCAUUUAUUAUGGCCUGAGACACAUGGACGUAGCUGUGCGCGUUGGAGCAAUGGAUAUCUUGAUAUCCAUCAUCGACCAUGAUCCGAUGCUCAUUCGGCAAACCAUCUUUCGACAGCUUCAUGAGGGCGGCUUGUCACUACUGGACUCUCUUAUUGACCUUCUCCUGGUCGAGGUGGACUUGGGCGUCAAGACUCAGAUUUCAGAUGCCCUCAGAGUCAUUUUGGAUCAGGGGGGAAACCCAGCUGCCGCCGCCAACGAGCCCGCGGCCAACACCAAUGGCGGCAAUGGCAAUAGCAACGGGAACAAGCAGCAAGGCGGCGAGCUUGCCGCUAGAGCUAGGAUGCAGAUGGCUGUUGAUCCUCAGCAUGAACACUUCCUCACUCGCUUCUACGAGUCUUCCGCCUUGAAGCUAUUUAGGCCUCUGAUUGAGCUAGACAGCCGCUCUCACCUCGAUUUCACCGUCCAAGAGGCUGCCAUGUUUGCCUGCUUGGUGGAGGUGCUGGGCUUCUUCAUCCGCCAGCAUCAUCGGUUCAGCAGAUACUUCUUCAUAGUGCACAACCUCGCGGCACGAAUCGUCCAGCUUCUCAAGUGUCGGGACAAGUACUUGCAACUGGUUUCGAUUCGAUGCUUCCGACUGAUCCUUGGCCUCCAGGAGGAGCUGUAUGUCAAGAAUCUGAUUGAAAACGAUGUCUUGGGCCCCAUCCUUGAAGUUCUGGUUGAGACCGUCCCGCGGGACAAUCUCGUCAGCGCUGCUUGCACCGAGCUCUUUGAUUUUGUCAAGAAGGACUACCUCAGAGACAUGGUCAAGCAACUUGUAGAGGACCACCGGGAUAACUUGCUUCUCGUGAGCCACAUACCGCCUUGUCAAGACCUAAUCACGCGAUACGACCAGACGGAAGGCUAUACGACCAACAUGGAGUACUUCCUCGAAGCGGAGGACGACGUGACGAGGAGGCCAACCAACGUCCGCAUGAUGGACCACCUCCCCAUUGACAUGCAGGAAGAAGAGUACUGGGACGCCCCCGACCUUGACGACGAGGCAGAAGAUCAGAGCUCAGGGGACAGGUCAUCUGAGAGCGGCAGCUCGUCUUCCACAAAACCUCUGGUCGACUAUGCUUCAGAUGAAGAGGACGCCGAAGAUGGUUUAGACAAUGACAGCGAUGACCAUCAGUCAAAGGACCAUGGUGACGACACUGCCGAAUUCAGUCCGCGGUCGAGCACGUCAGCCAAUGUGCCGCCACCUGAGCGCCUGUCUGAGAAGCGCCGACGAGAGGAAGAUGAGGAUGAGGAUGACGAGCUGGGGAAGCUGAUGCAGAGCAAACGACGUAACAGCAGCUCUACAGAAUCCAACUCGUCAAUCACACCGGGCCUCCGGAGACGCAAGAGCUUCGCUAACGGCAGUGGUAAUGUGACGCCGAGGAAGAUUGCAAUUAGCCUGUCACCAGCUCUGAGGUCAGGGGGACCCUCACGGUCCGACGACGACUCGUAA